AUGCCUUCUUCGACGGCCUCUAGCGAGCGCUCCGGCUCGGUCAAGUCGCAACACAGCCCCAAGACUUCUCUCCAAACCAAGGCCGACCCUAACAUGGCCCUUUAUGAACAAGAGCCCACGGCUGUGAACCUCCAACCAGGAGCCCAGGAUACAUUUUCCCUCCGAGAUAUGCAGCAUAGAGACCGAGAGGGGAAGCUCAUCACCGAUCCCGAUCUCUCCAACCCCACGCGAAAUCGUCUUGAGCGCCCGCUAGAUACCAUCCGAUCAUUCGAUGCAGCCAUCGAGGCACAUCGCAAACAACAACGGUUUUGA